AUGUUUCAGAUGCAGCUGCUGGAUAGUGGGUUUCCGGUUCGUAUACCAACCAGUCAUGCAGCCGUCCAAAGAGGCCCCAACACAGUGUUCGAUCUUGAGACAGUAAUUUCAAAUUUGCAAUACGCCCGACUUGGAGUCAGCGAAAGCAGGACUGAUGUCGGCGCGGUUCUAUAUUUCCCUGCGUACCACUCGUUUGACGGGAUCUUGGACCGUGGUUCGUCAGGAGAACUGGGAGACCGAGCAAACACAAUUACGCUGCUGGAAUCUGAACCGCAGUUAGUGAUUCAUCGGAUUUCGACGUCUCUGCUGAUGGUCAAUCCCGGAAAUGACAGUACUGUGCUAACCUCGCCGCAUACAGAAAAGCACGAAAUCCCAAACAGCUCGUUCUGUCGGCGCAAUAUUGCGGCGCAGAUUGAGUUCAUGAAGGCCCAGCUCUACUAG